UGACGCAAUCAAUUUGGGACAGCCAAACAUUGCUCAAUGGAGAAGAGAAAACAAGUCAGCCAUGGAAGAGAGAAGUAGAUAGAUAGAUAGGUUAGAUCCAAAGUAGUUGAUCUUUGAAAAGUAGUUCUCUUUAACGUUGAUAAAAACUCGAAAACGGAUCAAAAAAGAGAAUUUUGGAAAACCCAAAAAAAAAAACCGCCAUGGAUUCGACUAAAAAAAUCUCUCAUUUGGCUCUCGACAUCGGAGGGACUUUGAUAAAGCUUGUGUAUUUCUCGGCAAAUGGAGAUUACAGCGAAGAGUCUCGUAAUGGUUGCUCUGUUGUUCAUGGGAAGCUUUGUUUCGCCAAAUUUGAGACCAGAAAGAUUGAUGAUUGUUUGGAGUUUAUUCGAUUCAAUAUCCUUCAUCAUUCCGGUGUUCAGCAUCCGAAUGGCGUGGCUCAUGAUAAACUUUAUGUUAAGGCCACAGGUGGUGGGGCAUUUAAGUUUGCUGAUCUCUUUAAGGAGAAACUUGGAAUUCUUUUUGAUAAGGAAGAUGAGAUGCAUUCUCUUGUUGGGGGUGUUAAUUUUCUAUUAAAGACAGUCCCAAGGGAAGCUUUUACCUACUUGGAUGGCCAGAAGGAGUUUGUCGAGAUCGACCAUAAUGAUUUGUAUCCAUAUCUACUUGUUAAUAUAGGCUCUGGCGUUAGCAUGAUCAAGGUCGAUGGAGAUGGAAAGUAUGAGCGGAUAAGUGGAACAAGCCUUGGUGGAGGCACAUUUUUAGGUCUUGGAAAGCUUUUAACAAAAUGCAAGAGUUUUGAUGAGCUGCUAGAGUUAAGUCACCAUGGAAAUAACAGAGUAAUUGACAUGCUUGUCGGGGAUAUCUAUGGUGGAACAGAUUAUUCAAAGAUUGGUCUCUCCUCAACAGCUAUUGCUUCUAGCUUUGGGAAAGCGAUUUCUGAUGGCAAAGAACUUGAAGAUUACCAGCCAGAAGAUGUCGCAAGAUCCCUUCUACGAAUGAUAUCAAAUAACAUCGGUCAGAUUGCUUAUUUGAAUGCUCUCAGAUUCGGUCUUAAACGUAUUUUCUUUGGUGGAUUUUUCAUCCGUGGGCUCGAGUACACCAUGGACACAAUCUCUGUUGCUGUUCACUUUUGGUCGAGAGGUGAGGCGAAGGCAAUGUUUUUACGACAUGAAGGGUUUCUUGGAGCAUUAGGCGCUUUCACGAGCUACAGCAACCAGAGCCAUAACGAUUUAAAACCGCAUCAUCACACUGUGCAAAGAGCAAUUCUCAACUGUUCAGGUGAUAACUUACGACACAUCCCCGUAACUUCAAAUUUAAACGAUAGUGAAACCAUAGAAUGUAGCAUCAAUUUAGUUUAGUUGGUUAUCACCAGUUGUAUUGUUAUCAAUUCAGUAGAAAUAUGUGUAAGUUAAUUAAUUGUUUGAAUCAAGAGCUGCGUAGUAGUUUGUUGAAUGUUAGACAAAUUUAUGUAAGAUGAUUCACGUAUUAUUAUUAUUAUUAUUAUUCAUGUUUGUCUUAGGUAA